GCUACAACCGGAAGCAAGAGCUUUUCUCUUGAAAAGCUCCACCGGAAGCUUCGUAGUUAAACUGGGGCUAGCUUGGUUUGGUUCGGUUGUUGAGCCUGAAGUUGACGAGUGUCACUGAAACACGGUGUGUGGACAGAACAUUGACGUCCCGGCGGUUUAAACACGGGAAUAUGCCAGCGUGUUAAAGUUAAAGUUAAAGUUAAAGUUAAAAUUAAAGUUAAAACCCGGCUCUCGGCGGAGAGUUCGUCCGAAGUCGUCGCUUUUCCCCACCUCCUCCCGCUUAGCUGUUGAGACCGAGGGAGGCACAACUUGAGCCCGGGUAGCAGGCGCAGUCAGAGCGGGGAGACGGCGCUCACAGAGCCGGCCGAGGGAAAACAGGUUUAACGACGUCUCCGCGCCGGGACUGCUCGUGUUAACUGGAGCACCAUGUUGAGGCUGUGUCUCCACAGAGUCCGCUCUCCCGCUCUGCUGCAGUUACCGUCGGGACUGAGGCGGACUCCGCAACCGGAGCUCCCGCUCCCCCUGCCGCUGCCGCCGCCGCCGCCGGGGACAGCGCCUCACGCGCCCCGCCGUGGGAUGGGCACACACGGGAGGAACGAGCCGAGGGAGCCGCUCAACUCCCCGAAGAGAGCCAAGGAGUUCAUCUACCGGCUCCAUUCCAACGAGAGGACGUGUCUGCUGAAGGAGCUGCAGAGCUUCGAGUCCAUGGCCAUUGCUCAAGAGACUCUGGAGCCCUCACCACCGACUGCAGCACAGAUCAGAUACGUUUUGUUUCACAACGCCCUCCCCUUUGUUGGAUUCGGUUUCCUUGACAACGCCAUCAUGAUCGCAGCAGGGACACAGAUCGAGUUGUCUAUCGGAGUCACUCUGGGAAUCUCCACCAUGGCCGCUGCUGCUCUGGGGAACCUGGUGUCAGAUUUGGCCGGUCUCGGUCUGGCAGGUUACGUCGAGGCUCUGGCGUCUAAACUGGGGAUGCAGGGUCCAGAUCUGACGCCCAAACAGGCCGACAUGUGGCAGACCAGAGUCAGCUCUCACAUGGGCAAAGCCAUCGGCGUGUCCAUCGGAUGCAUUCUGGGAAUGUUCCCGCUGUUUUUUCUGGACGACGACAAGGACGGCGACAAAGAAGCACAAGCCUGCGCCGGCGCGGAGUCGUCAAACUCCUCCUAACAUCGUGGUCUGUGGUCCACACUGAAGACAGCCGACCUCUUUAUGAUCAAGAAUUCAUGCUCUGACAAAUCUGAUGACCACGUUCAGUGUGAGACAGAGUGGGAGAGGUCUCACUCUGAUUCAAAUCCAUUUCUCCACUCUGUUUCCUCUCAGAUUCCUCACAUCAGCAGCACUCGGUAUCGAUCCGCUCGCUUCUCGUAGCAAUAAAGUUUACCAUCAGAGCCACGGUGAGUGCUUUGAAGAGACGUCGUCUCUGCUGCAGGUAAAUUCAGCAGCGCUCGUGUUUAUUUACGUCUCAAUGACCAGAUCGUGAGUGAAAAGUGGGCGUGGUCUUCCAUUAUGUAGUUAGCCACCACGGCGCGACUCUAUACACUUGUGUGUUCACAUACUGUUUAUGUGUGUAUAUAUACAUAUGUGUGCAUAUAUAAAAAAUAUCAGUAUUGGCCCAAGCACUCAGAAAACAGAAAAUAUUUAUGUUUAAGAAGCUAAAAAAUCUGAAAAACACAGUAAGAGUCCGUUUACCGGUAACUUCUUUUUUCUAAAGUGACGCUAAUUUCUGUGCUUUAAAGCACACGUUUGUGUGUUUGCUGUGAACGGAAGACGACAUCCAUUUUUCAUCACGGUCCACAAACACUAACGAGUCCAUUUGUGAUGUAAAUAAAGUCAAUCAUUAUAUUUAACAUAUUAUAUAUCAGACAUCGGCAAAACGUCCUAUAUCAUGCGUCCGUACUUUGUCAUACGUUGCAAAGAUAACCCGAAAUAUUCACAUUUAAGAAGCUGAAAGAAACAAAAAACACUUCCAUCUGAUUCAUUCAUAAUGGAUGAAUCAUUGUCGUGAUUCAUGUUCAAAAGACCAUAGCGUUUUUUCUCUUAUUCCACAAACUCUAAACAAACAAUUUAAAUGUAAAUAAUAAAAAAAGAAAAGAUUUUAGAACCGGGAGAGAACUGAACAAUCUCGUUAUUUCUGCACCAAAAAAUCUAAAUUAUGUUCUGUAUGUGUUGAAGUUAAGUUUUUACACUAAUGUUUUUUAUUUUAUUGUUUGGAUGAUUAAUUAAUGAAUUAAAAUUCUGGUUUUUUUUCUCAAUCAUCUCGUGUUUAAAUUAUGUUUUUGCGUAAUUUUCAUCGUCGGAGCGAAAGUUUUUUCAAAGCAUGCGAUCAAAGUGUUUGAUGCUGUUGUGCUGCCACCUUGUGGUCAGUGUGAGCUCCAGCAGCUGAAUGUGUGUGUGUGUGUGUGUGUGUAACACAAAGAUUCAUGUUUGUAUUUUUGCAACAUUAAAUGUGAUUUAAACUACAAUUAUAAUUAAAA